GUCGCGAGGGGAACGAUAGCGUCGUCGUCGUGAAACGAAAAUGUCGCCGCGACCGCGUUACGAUCAUCAGGGGUGGUGAUUCCCGGGUCUCGAUCAGUGCGCGGAGACGCUGAACCGACUGUUGCGACGAGUUCCUCGGGUUCCGACGUGGCGACGCUCACUGUGGCCGUCUCACCGCGAAGAUGAAGAGGCAGAAUGUCAGGACGCUGUCGUUGGUGGUGUGCACGUUCACGUACCUGCUGAUCGGGGCGGCGGUGUUCGACGCGCUGGAGUCGAACACUGAGAGGAAACGCUGGGAGUUUCUGUCCGAGGUCCGCCGGAGCAUGAUGAAGAAGUACAACAUCACGCAGGAGGAUUACAGAAUGCUGGAGAUCGUUAUAAUAGAGAACAAACCGCACAAGGCGGGCCCGCAGUGGAAAUUCGCCGGUGCCUUUUAUUUCGCGACGCUCGUGCUUGCUAUGAUAGGCUAUGGACACUCGACGCCGGUUACUAUAGGCGGAAAAGCGUUCUGUAUGGCGUACGCUAUGGUGGGCAUCCCUCUGGGCCUGGUGAUGUUCCAGAGCAUCGGUGAACGCUUGAACAAGUUCGCCUCCGUGGUGAUCAAGCGGGCGAAAUCGUAUCUGAGAUGCAAGAAAACAGAGGCUACGGAGAUGAAUCUAAUGCUCGCGACAGGGAUGCUCUCGAGUAUAAUAAUCACCACCGGGGCGGCCGUCUUCUCGCGUUACGAGGGCUGGAGUUACUUCGACAGCUUCUAUUACUGCUUCGUAACACUGACCACCAUCGGUUUCGGCGAUUACGUCGCUCUUCAGAAUGAUCACGCGCUUUCCAACAAACCUGGAUACGUGGCCUUAAGUUUAGUCUUCAUUCUGUUCGGCUUGGCAGUCGUCGCUGCCAGCAUAAACUUGCUCGUGCUCCGUUUCAUGACAAUGAACACAGGGGACGCUCGUCGCGAGGAUAACGAGCUCCAGCCAGCCUCCCACCACGUCCUCACCCUCGACGGGGAGGUGGUCGCCGUAAAUGGGAAACUCCUGGCUGGACACAUGCCGAUAGUCCACGACACGGACGAUUGCGUGAGCGUGUGCUCGUGCACGUGUCUCAGACCAGCCAAUUCCGAGCUUCUGGACCAAGGUUACCAAGGCUACAGGCCACCGACCUCCGCCAGCCUUCGCGUGAAACGCGCAUCCGUCUGAUGGAAGGAGUUUCGUCGUCGCAGUUUACGUCGUCGACUGUCGAGGGCCGACAGCAGGGAGCUGCUCGGCAUCGACGUGUAAAAUCGGCUCGAAACGCAAGCGCCGCGAGUCCAUUGCACGCGGGAUGAAAGAUCGGCACCUCGAUCGCCCGCUUAAGUGCCGCUGAUCCGGUACACUUAUCCGGGGAGGCGAUUUCCGCGAGAUCAAACGUUACAUUUCGAUCGACUCGCACAGUGGACAUUUGCAAAUGCUUUUUCGGUGAAGCUAGGAUUAAAAUAUGGGUGGUAAAUUAGAUUUGCAAUAAUUUCCAAGUAUCGUAUUUUAUUAAUAUUUAAAUGUUCAAACCCUCUCUGGUAAAACCAAACAGAAAUUAGGACAAUAAUACGCAAGUAACACGAUUGCUCUAUCUUCCCUCGUUAUAAUUUUUAAUAUCAAAAUUUUUAUAAGAGUCUAAGCACUCGUAUUCGAUAUUAGAGUCAGUUUACGUACAUCAUCCCCUAGAUUCUAAGCUCAGUUUCAUCCCUGAAGCUCAUUUUGUCAGUCGAGAGAUCUUACAGCGAAAUGUCUGACCCAAUAUGGUUGGUGACUACUUGCAGGGCCGAUCUUUCUUUCUCCAUGCAAUACUGUCCCCCUCCCGAAGAAGAAAAUGCAUAGAAUCCACGACGAUUCGGACAGGUUCCGCGGAACGCUGUUCGCAAACUGUAUUCUUAGAAUUUACCCCGAAGCUUUCAAAGGACACGUUACGCGCACGUACGUUGAUUUUUGAAGACGUAUUUUGACGGCAACCCGAGGCCCGUCCUCGUGGACGUAAUUUUAGGGUCGCGGUUUGAAGCACAAGUUAUUUAAUCCACGUUGUAAUAUACGAACUAAUAGGCGUAGCAACAGAUGCCGAGAGAAUAUUUCAUAGGCGUGUUUGUAGGCGAUUUUGUAACGAUUUCGUACAUUUCAUAUCGUUCCGAGUGCCCGGCUGAUACGACGCGCUUAGGCGAACUCGGAGUGCUGCUGUGUCGUGUUCGCGGAGCGUUCGAGUCUAGCGUUAAAUGGAUUUCUAGGAUAAUCGUUGUACCGCGGACGUAGCGAUAUCCGUUUCGAGAUUUUCGUCCAUCGCUCCCGGAGUUACCUUGUUACCAAAAUUAUUAAAAUUCUCGAUUGUCUGAUGCUGAUAGAUCAAAACAAUAUUUAAGUACAUUCUAUAACUGAAUGUUAUUUGAAAAAUUCCCAGGUAAUUUUUGCAAAAAUUCAAGUGUACAAAUUUCCCAUAUUUACAAUGCUUUGAUUGUCCACUUGUGUUUGGCUAUACAAGGUAACGAACAAUUUCCGUGAGCGACGAUGUAAUCUCGUCCGGAGAAUGUCGAAAUAGCGAGGAUUGGAUUUGUCUAAGAUCGGGAAUGUGUCACGCUAAUUAUUUAUACGUAUAUAUGAGUAUAUACCCAGGUCUCGAUAGAGCGAUUGUUAAAUAUAUACAAUUCGAUGUUUGUACCAGUAGACGUAACAUGAAAGUCACCGUAACGCCGCGAGAAGAUUUAUGUAAUCGUCGAUCGAACGGGAACGUCGAUCCUAGGGUGUAGCGCCAUUUUUUGUAGCCACGCGAAUUGUGAUCGUAGAGAUCGCGUCUCAGACGAUAACCGAUUCUAUCGUAAGCGAGCGACGAUGAACGCAUCCGAGGGUCGUAUUUUUUUAACCGAUUAGAGGAUAUAUUAAACGAGAAACAGGAAUAUCCGGGAAGACUGAUAGUUGAGGUUAAAUUAACUGGGUAGUUAUUUUUUUAACGGACGGACGAUUCUUUAGCGCUCUUUUAACCCCCCAACGGGUCGAAUCGCGAGCAAUUCUUACAAUAUUUAACAUUUUCUCUUCCAUUUCUAUCAUUUAGAAUCCUUUUUCUC